AUGGGGACUGGAGAAAAAAACCUGAAAGGCUUCCACUUACUUCGCAAACAAACGGUCAAAAACAAAGAUGUUCCAAAAGGCUUCUUAGCGAUCAAAGUUGGAUCACAGGGAGAAGAGCAACAAAGAUUUGUAGUUCCUGUUUUAUAUUUUAACCAUCCUUUGUUCAUGCAGCUCUUGAAAGAAGCAGAAGAUGAGUAUGGAUUCGAUCAAAAGGGCACCAUCACGAUUCCAUGCGAAGUUGCGGAGUUUCUUUACGUUCAAGAUUUGAUUGAUGGAGAGAGAUCGGUUAACCCUAACCAUCAUCAAAGACAUAGCGGUCGUGACCAGUAUCAUCAUCUUGUUGGAUGUUUCAGAGCGUGAAGAAUGAUUAAGAUAAAUUGGUGAUGAUUAAUGAAUGAAUGAUUGUUUGUGUUUACGUUUUCGAUCUUUUUUUGUGUGUGUGUUCAUCUCGUGGAGUUGAGGAGCCAAAAGUGGCCUAACCCAAGAAUGUUUUUCUUUAGUUUCAUGGAAUUUUAAGAUCAAAUAAAUUUAAUUUCUGAUUUUUGAUUGAAGACAAUCACCAACAUUUAAGCUACCAC